GGGUUGCAGCCUCCGCUUAUUUUUCCUCAGUCAGUAUCGUUUGGUGUUUGAGUGGAGCUAGUGCUAGAAGCUGUCCAGGGUUAAAAUGGCAGUUUAAAGGCGUGCGGCAGCAAUCUUUGCAGCGGCAAAAACUUGGCAGUGCAACGGCGAAGUGCACUGGCUAUUUCAGGCAAAAUGGCGUCUCUUCCGGCAACCACCCUCCACUUUGCUGCCGUCGACAGCAGUACCAGACCCCUCGACUUGCUUUUAUCGGACUCUCCUUUGUGUUCAUUCAUUUUAAGUCUACCGCUGACCAGUAGCAGUCAUGACACACUCCCAGCUCGCAAUGGAGGAGUUGGAGGCCCUGUACUUAGGGUCCUCGUUUCUGAUGGCUGACCCCAUCGGGCCCCUUCUGGACCAAGAUGAAGAAGAAGCUCUUUCUCCCUCCUUCUCUUUAGAGGUGAAGGCGCCAGCUUCACCCACUCUCUCCUCUUCCUAUGCGUCGCCCUCUUCUCCUAAUCAAACAAUGCCAUUGUCCACGCUCGCUUUUUUUUCUCCACCUCCCUCUCCUCUCACUCAACCCUCUUCAUUCCUGGAGACCAAGGCUGAAACCGACCUGUUGUCCAUGUCUCUGCUGGCUUCCAGCGACCUGCUCAAUGCCCACAUUGGAGCAGACAUGAGCAAAGAUGCUUUUGAGGACCUGGACUGGAUGUCAGAAAAAAUGGAUCUGAGUGAAUUUGACCUGGAAUCUUUCCUUGGCUCGUCUGAGUCUCCCAGCUCUCCUGAAGUAUUCCUGGCCUCCCUCGACUCCCACAUGGACCUGGAUCUAAACCCCUUUGACACAACCGUCCCCAUCCAGCACAGCAGUCCAGAUGUUGGCCUCCCAUUGCCCAAUGUCCCCCCUCUCCCCAUGGAAACCACUGUUUUACCUGAUGUCAAGACACCAGAGGUGGCUCCUGUUCAGGAGGUUGUGAAGUCUGAGCCUCCGUCUCCCAGUCCGUCUCCAUCUCCCCCAUCGCCAGCCUACACAUUAGAGCUGGGGAGUGAAGUUGAUGUUUUAGAUAUUGAGAAAAUGGCCUCAUCGAUUACCAGUACUGUCAUCCAAGAUCCCAGUGAAGUCCUUCAAACUACCAGUCCAAUUGUGCUGUCAAUUCCCACUGCUGGUCACUUUGUAGUCGUGCUUGCCAACAAAGAGGAGCCCUCCCUCAUGUCCCUCCCUGAUCAGUCCCUUUCAUCAAGUGACUGUGACAGCGACUCUGGCAUCGAGUCGGGUGCUGGGUCACCCACACGUCACUCGACUCCCCCUAGUUCCCCCACACCCGGUUCUUCCAGAACCAAACCCUACUGUAAACCACAACCCACAGCCUCUCCUUCCCCCAAGACCUCGAGGAUCAAAUCGGCGUCGGGCACACCCAGGGUGGUCGAGAAGAAGUUGAAGAAGAUGGAGCAGAACAAGACGGCUGCCACUCGCUACCGGCAAAAGAAGAGAGUUGAGCAGGAGUCGCUAACCUCGGAACGUGAAGAGCUGGAGAAGAAAAAUCAUGAGCUGAAAGAGAAAGCGGAGUCCAUCAGCCGAGAGAUUCAGUAUCUCAAGGACCUGAUGGAGGAGGUUCGCAAGCACCGGCGAGGGAAGACGCCCUCGGUUGCUUAGAAAACCAAAUGUGGCACAGUCUAGUUUCAGAGUGAUGUGGUUGUUCCUGCUUCAGUUCUCGUGUUUACAAAGUAAACCGUUUCUAGUUUUGGCCACAUGUAAGAUUAAAGGCUGGUGUGUGAGAUGAUGAGACGAAGGAAAAUAUUUAAAAAGUGUAGAAGUUGAUGAGAUUAGUUGAACACGGGGCUGGGAGUUAGUCAGGUGAAGCAUCUGUACAUGCUUGUCUCUCAGUCCCCUGUUACAUGCUUUGUGCACGCCUGACUUAACUAGCACGCCUGCGUAAAGAGCACGGUGUGUUUUCGUAGCUUAGGCAUGCAAAACAGGAGUCAGUAGAUGUUUAACUGAACAAAUUGAAACGUACUUCCCAAAGCAGUAAAACUUGACCCUACUUCCUUUUUCUUACCUUUUUAAUUCUGUUACUGCAGUUUGAGCUUCCUCUUCAACAGCUUGAAGUCCAGAAAGGGGCCUAAUCUGGUUUAUGAAUGGGUGAUCCAUUACUGUCGACAUGAACUUUGAUUGUAAAUACUUAUUUGCUUGCAGAUUGUGGCUUUUAUUUAAUGCUAGAUGGAUCAUGACUGUCCUGUAGCACCACCUCUUUUAGUGCAGGUGUUUGGCUUGUAAAAUGCUUUGUUU